AUGACCAGACCGCUGGAGCAGGCAGUGGCGGCCAUCGUGUGCACCUUCCAGGAGUAUGCGGGGCGCUGCGGCGACAAGCACAAGCUGUGCCAGGCAGAGCUGAAGGAGCUGCUGCAGAAGGAGCUGCCCACCUUGAGCCCGACGGAGUUUCGCGAGUGCGACUAUAAUAAAUUCAUGAGCCUGCUGGACACCAACAAGGACUGUGAGGUGGACUUUGAGGAGUAUGUGCACUCACUGGCCAGCCUGUGCCUCUACUGCUACGAGUACUUCAAGGACUGUCCCCCGAGGCCUCCCUGCUCCCAGUAG